ACAGCUGAAGGGCGCCAUCCUUCGCCUCCUCCUCCUCCUCCCGGCGAGUUUCUGCUUCUUUUUUUUCCUAGUCUUUUGUUUUAUCGACACAAGAUGAAAUCAUUCCUCACAACGACCCUCGCCACGGGCCUUGCCCUUGGGCAGACGGCCUCGGCCAUGACGCCGGGCUUCUCGCAUCACCACAUGGCCAAACGCCAGAUUGACCACGCGGCCAUCCUCGCCAGCACAAGCUCCCACAUUAAGGCCUACGAUAUCCCCGUGCCAAUCGACCAUUUCCACAACGACACGCGAUACGAGCCGCACUCCGAUGCGCAGUUCCACCUCCGCUACUGGCUCGACACGUCCAAUUACCGCCCCGGUGGUCCCGUCAUUGUCCUGCACUCGGGCGAAUUUGACAGCACAGCUCGCCUGCCUUAUCUCGAGCAUGGCAUCGUGCCCGUCCUUACCAAGGCCUUUGGAGGUGUCGGUCUCGUCAUGGAGCACCGAUACUAUGGCAAGAGUUUCCCUAUGGAGACCACAAGCACCGAGAACCUGCGCUUCCUGUCUGUCGAACAGGCUCUCGCUGAUACAGCCUACUUUGCUCGCAACAUUACCUUUCCCGGACUCGAGCACGUCAACUUGACUGCUGGCGCAGCGCCGUGGAUUAUCUACGGUGGAUCGUAUGCCGCUACGGUCGCUGCGUUGUCUCGCAAGAUCUACCCGGACGUCUUCUGGGGCGCCAUCUCGUCGUCUGGUGUGCCCCAGAGCAUCGACGACUACUGGCAAUACUUGGAGGCUGCCCGCCACUUUGCUCCCAAGGGCUGCGUGGAAGCGACACAAAAGCUGACGCACAUUGUGGAUAACAUUCUAUUCGGUGGUGACAAGGAGCAGAUUGACAAGCUCAAGGAGCUGUUCCACUUGCAGGGACUUGAGAAUGACGAAUUCGGCGAGACCAUUGCUUCGCUGGGAGGAAUCAUGAGCCUGCAGAGCACCAUGUGGGAUAUCGAGGAGGAUUCACCCCAUCUGGGAUACUACUGCGGCGCCGUCACUUCGGAUGCCCCUCUUUUUGCCAGCAUGCGCCAUCGCAUCACCAGAGCGCGCCACUUUGUUUCGGUUGGUGGAUAUGAGCACCAGGUUAAUGAGCUUGCUAUGCCACUGCUCAACUGGGCCGGCAUAGUCCGAUUCAAUCUGCGUGACGCGCUCAAGGGCUCUUGCAAGGGCAAGUCGGCACGCGAGUGUUUCUCCAACCGCUUCCUGAACACGGACGAGACGAGCCUCGACUGGGAGCGUAGCUGGAAGUACCAGACAUGCAUUGAGAACGGUUUCUUCAUUACUGGCACUGGUGUGCCCAAGGACCAGCUGCCUCUCAUCUCGCGAGCCGUCACUCGCGACUAUGCUGCCUGGCACUGCCCUAACCUGUUCAACAUUACGGACCUCCCCAACGUGGACAACAUCAACAAGUUUGGCGGCUUUGAUUUCAGCCACUCCCGUCUGGCGCACUUGGAUGGCGCUCAAGACCCCUGGAGAGCUGCUGGUGUCCACGCCAUCGGCCAGAAAGACCGCAAGUCCACCGUCAGCGAGCCCUUUAUUCUUGUCGACUACGGAGUGCACCACUGGGACGAGUUUGGCCUUGCCAGCGGAACAGAGGAGCAGGAUCUGCCCCCUCGCCAGGUGGUGGACGCGCAACAGGCCAUGGUUGGCUUUGUGGGCGAGUGGCUAAAGGAGUGGGAUGCCGAAAAGGGUGGCAAGCACACCAAAGAUACUACUUCUGACUCGGCGGAGGCGGAUGAGCUCUAAAUAAUGAUCACAGGAUAAUUAGUAAAAAAUAGUUGAGUUGCUCUGCAGCAUAAUCUUAUAUAUUGAAUACAACGACUUUCAUUUUCUGCCAUUAUUCCACCAUCCACUUUAGCCCUUGCAGGAGGUUCUGUCGCCACGUCUUGGAGACGGGCAAACUGGGACAGGUAGUCCAGAAACCAUGUGGAAGUCCAGGGUAAACAUCGAUUUUCGUGCCCAAACCGGCUUCUUUGAGGAGCUGUUGAAAUAAAAGGGCCUCAUCUCUUCUUGGGUCCCAGCCGCAGACGGCAAAGUAAGCCUUGGACGCGAUGCCGGUGUGGCUGUCAAACAGCAAUGACGAGACGCGCUUAUCGUGAGGAGGACCGCCAUAUAUCUCUGCCAUGACAAGUUAGAAACUAUGCAGCACACAAGAUUCAACGCAUAUAUUUGCAACAUACUGGAAAAGUGGUCAAUUGAGGUACGAUUGAAGCCUGGCGCAUCAAUGACCUCGUCAACACUCAGAAGGCGGUCGAGGUAUCUGGCAGGCCGAGCAUCCGGAUGGCAAAAGUUGCUAGCCAGGAAGACAACACCUGUAAUGGGCGGCUGAAUCUCAUCCUUGGCAUAGAGGUGCGCAAUGCCCGAGGUAAAGUUGCCGCCGGCUGAUGUGCCGCCAACAAUGAAGCCCUUUGCCAAAUCAACCUGAAGCUUUUCCUGGCCCUUGGCCGACGCAGCCCAGCGCACAAUCUCAAAGGAAUCUUCAAAACCAAUAGGGAAGGUAAACUCGGGGGCCAAUCUGUAUUCAAUGCUAAGAACCACGACAUCUAUCUCGGCGGCAAUGGCUCGGCAGGUCUCGUCGUCGGUCUCAAGGCCACCAGUGACGUAACCGCCGCCGUGCAUGUAGACAAAGAGCGGGAGACGGUCUGUAGCGGCGGCCGUCUUGACGUAGCGGCGCAGGCAGAUUUCUGUGCCGUCUCGGACAGGCACGGUGAAUUCGUCUAUGGUGAGGCCGGGCUGUGGGGUGAUGGGGUCGUGGGCGCGGUUCAUUUGGAGGACGUGCGUGUUGG